CCAGGGGCCCGGGGUCAGUAGGGGGCCCCAUGAGAUGCUCCUGGUACCUUUUUCAUAGGCUUUUUUGAGUUUGGGCAAGGACACAGGGGCCCUAUGAUCCCCUAUAUUGCCCCGGGGGCCCAUGAGUUGUCACUCCGCCCCUGGGUGCAACCACUGUUUACAUACCGACACAUGGUCAACGCUUGCGUGCACAGGGGGGCAAGGGUGCUUUUUUUUUUUUUUAAUGCCCCUGGUACCUUUUUCAUAUGCUUUUUUGAGUUUGGGCAAGGACACAGGGGCCCCAUAAUCCCCUAUUGCCCGGGGGCCCCA